AUGGCCAGUGAACCUCGUACGACUGACUCUGCGACAACUAGCCACAUUCCUCCUUUUGCGAGGCAAUUAGGCCCUUACAUCAAGAGCCGUCAAGAAGCGUUACGUAUCCGACAAAUUUUGACCUCAUACCUUCGCUCGCAAAUUACAUUCGCCGAAGAGGAUCCCGAACAACCAAAUCCCCAUGCGGAAUCCCACCUCGUCCUCUGUGCCCCUCACGAGGCCGUCGUUGACGUAGUGAAACGGGCUCCACUGGAGCUCACUGGUCCGAGGAAAGAAUAUCUGGAGGCACUCCGCGCGAACGUGGCUGCAAGACAGGAAUACCAAUCUGUGUCCGAUAACCUGGCAUCGAAAGCGCAGCAGAGGAAAGCCAGACCAGAGACAACGACAGCACCGGCUCCCAACUACGAACUACAAACAUAUCUUGUACUCCUCCGAGACCGUCGUCGAAAUGCGAAACUCCAAGUCUUUCAGCAUUAUCUGCAAGAAUUGAAGGGACGGCAGACGGCGGAACUAGAACAAUUUGGCAAAACCGAGGACCAAAAUCAACACCUCCAACGGAUCGGUGAAUAUGAGGAUGGGAGGCAGGGAGGCUCUAGGGAAGAGGGUGUCGAAGCGCUAGUCCAUAAACUCGAGAGGGCAGUCAUCCGUGCAAGGGCACAAUUGGAGAGGGAGAAGAAGCUAUUUGAAGAGCUCAAGGCACAACAUGAUGAUAGGAAAAACACUGGCAAUGGUGAUAUUUCAUCAGCAAGCAAGAUCCAGGCUUUACAGCGGACACGAGACGCACUGGUCCAAUGGGUUGAGGAGAAACUGAUGAGUGUUGGCGCCAAUGAUGAGGGUCCAACAGAGGAGCUAUCUGCCGAGGAAAUUGAGGAUGCGGCGAACUUACUUGAGGAACGCAGGACUCAAAUAAUGCAACAGUAUACGGCUUAUGUAGAGACUCGUCGAGCUCUUCUGGAAAUCGCUGCAAAAGCUUGUCAACCUGUCGCUCCAGGCCCUGCUAAACCCCAAGAACCGUCUGACGACAACGACAAGCCUACAGUUGAGGAACCUCUAACUCUCGAACCUAUGGAUGUCAUGUCUUUUGCAAAUGAACGUCUCCUUCCGCUCUCCAAAUAUCAACGAGGAUUGUCUCUACAAAAGUCUUAUCUGUCGGGCAUGCUUUCCAAAGAGAAAACUACCACCCUUCGCAUCCUCAAUCGUCUAGGUGAUGAGAGCCACCUUCUUCCUGAAUACCCUCUUCUCUCUCGUCAACCCCGUUUCAAGCAUGCCACAGGGGGUUCUCGGGGUUCCCUGACUCCUCGGGAACUUGCACCCCCAGACGAGAUUACUUCAUUGGCAGAAGCAUGGGCGUUUGCUUCUGGAGCUGCACGAGAACAUGAGCAGGAGUACGUAGCGCAAAAGAUUGUGGAAGGCGGAGAGACUGCGCACGAGGCACUGCAGACAUUGGAGGAGAUUUGCGACACGUUGAACCAAGACUUGCAGGAUGUUUUCGAAGAUGCACAGGAUUCUAGUUCACGGUCGAAGUCGAGUCCCAUUGAGAAACAGACCGGGCCGUGGAGUGGGCUGAAUGGUCAAGUGGGAGUUGCAGAUUAG